AAUUGAACGAAACGCACAGAAGCAACGGCUCCCUAUCCGAUGCGCAAGUUCUGCUAUACAUCCUCCUUGACCUUAACUCGCCGUGCAUCUCCGAAUCGCAGGUUUCUUCUCUUCUUCCCUUUGAAUAAUUCCCUCUCGUUUUCAUCAUCUUCGUCUUCAUCUUCUUCCCUUGUUCCUACCCAUGAACAUGUUUCUCAUCUUAUACUGGAGCAAAAAUCAGCCUCCCAGGCUCUGGAAACUUUCAAAUGGGCUGCUACACUUCCUCACUUCACCCACUCGCAAUCCACUUACCGUGCCUUGAUUCAUAAGCUCUGUACUUUCCGUCGUUUCGAUACCGUCAAGCAACUGCUCGAUGAAAUGCCUCACUCAGUUGGUUCUCCCCCUGGUGAUGAUAUAUUCAUCACCAUAAUUCGUGGCCUCGGGCGUGCAAGGAUGAUCCGGCAGCUCAUUAAAGUAGUUGAUUUGGUUUACAAGUUCCAUAGCAAACCAUCAUUGAAGAUUUUCAAUUCAAUAUUGGAUGUUCUCGUUAAGGAGGAUAUUGACAUAGCUAGGGAGUUUUAUCGGAAGAAUAUGAUGGAAAGUGGUGUUGAAGGUGAUUAUUAUACUUUCGGUAUUUUAAUGAAAGGACUUUGCUUCACCAAUAGAAUUGGUGAGUGUUUUAAGCUAUUGCAGUUGAUGAAGUCUCAAGGAAUUAUACCAAACACCGUGAUUUACAACACAUUGCUCUAUGCGCUUUGCAGGAAUGGGAAAGUUGGGAGAGCUAGAAGCUUGAUGACUGAAAUGGAGGAGCCCAAUGAUGUAACAUAUAACAUACUGAUCUCGGGGUAUUGUAAAGAAGAGAAUCUUGUUCAAGCUCUUGUGCUACUAGAGCAGAGCUUUGGUAUGGGUUUUGUGCCUGAUGUUGUUACAAUAACUAAGGUUGUAGAAAUUCUGUGCAAUGUAGGGCGUGUAACUGAGGCUGUCGAGGCUUUAGAGAGAGUUGAGAGCAUGGGAGGUCCAGUGGAUGUAGUGGCCUAUAACACUCUAAUAAAGGGCUUUUGUAAGGUAGGAAAACCAAAAGUUGGGCUUCAUUUCUUGAAGCAGAUGGAGAAUAAAGGUGUCCUUCCAAAUGUAGACACCUAUAAUAUUCUGAUAUCUGGCUUUUGUGAGUCUAGGAUGUUAGAUAUGGCUUUCAAUCUUUUUAAUGACAUGAAAACAGAUGGGUUAAAAUGGAACUUCAUUACUUUUGACACGAUGAUUAGAGGGUUGUGUUCAGAAGGAAGAUUUGAAGAUGGUAUCAUGAUUUUGGAACUAAUGGAAGACAGCAAAGAGGGCUCUAAAGGGCGUAUCAGUCCCUAUAACAGCAUAAUAUAUGGUCUAUUUAAGCAGAAUCUUUUAAAUGAGGCGUUUGAGUUUUUAAGAAUGAUGGAGAAGUUGUUUCCUAGGGCCGUUGAUAGAAGCUUGGAGAUUUUUAGAUGCUGCAAGGAGAGGGCCAUUGAAGAUGCAAAGAAGGUCUAUGACCAAAUGAUUAGAGAAGGUGGAAUUCCAAGUAUUCUCGUUCUUGACUGCCUUGUUCAUGGAUUUUCCAAAGAAGGUCGUGUACGCGAAGCAGUCGAGUUGAUGAAUGAAAUGAUUGCUAAUAAUUGCUUUCCAGUGCCAUCCACAGUCAAUGCUAUCAUCAAUGGGUUUUGUAGACAGGGAAAAGCUGAUAUUGCCCUGAAGUUCAUGGAGGACAUUGUUUCAAGAGGAUUUAUGCCAGACAGAGAAACUUAUGUUCUUCUGAUUGAUGUCUUCUGCAAGAAGGGGGAACUUCAGAAAGCCUUGCCCCUCCUGAUAGAAAUGAUAGAUAAGGGCAUUAUUCCUGAUCAUUUCAUAUGGAAUUGUUUGCUACUUUGCAUUAGUCAAGAAAAAUAUUUCAAGGAUCAGAAUCUUCUCAAUUUAGAUAACCUUUGACGGCAGAUUUUGGAGACUUGGAUUUGUUUCCACUGAUAUAUUCACCCCUACUAUUGUAGUAUUUGAUUGCAAUAUCCUUAGACUAUAGAUGAAACCAAUUACAAUCAUAUUUGAUUGACCAAAGAAGUCGUGGCUCAUUGCCUCGUCAAACGCUUCUGUGCAAAUGAGCAUGAAUAUAUAAAU